AUCGAUAAAUAUUUCCAUUCCGUGAAUAUUCAGUCGUACGAAAUCGCUGUGGUUGUUUAUAAAAUAAACAUUUAAAGUCAACGAACGGCGUUUUACAAUAAAACAUGUGUGUUAGUGAUUGCAAAAUCGUUGUGGUGCAUUACCAAUAUGAAUCCGGUAAAUAUUUAUUAUUAUUGGACUAAAUAACAAUGAAAAUGGCGGAUAACGCGUUAAUGAUAUUAAAGAACAAUUUCGAAGCUAAUAAUAGUAACUGUGUCGAGGCUGAAGGCGACGAAAUCGCGAAAACGUCUUCGGGCGACGUCGAAAAAACACCAAUUGCCCAACCGGAGGAUAGUACUAUUAAUGUUAGUUCUGAGGUUUGCACGCAAGAGGAGGCUGCAAAUGAACAUUUGGCGGGAAACAAUAAGACUGACGAGUUCCUAGAUGAUACUAACAAUAGCCAAGAGCACGUAUCUCUCAAGACGGAGGAACCUUUGGAAAUUAGAAUUGAGACUAACAACGAUAACGAGAAGCCCGAUAAUGACCUAUUGACUAAUCGAUCGGGGGUGAAGGCGAAAUUCGCCGCACAUAAAUCAACCCCUAAAAAAAAUUACAUUAUCAAAACCCUAAAGAAACGGAGCAUUAAAUGUUUGAACAAGAUGCAGAUCAUGGAGAACGUGGUGGAAGGCGGCAACGUGCAGCCCUCGUCUCCGGGCCAGGCCGAUGGCAGGGCGGAUGAAGUGCAAGUGAAGACGGAAACGAAAUCAGAUGGAUUAGACAACGAGGUGUCAGAGGAGAAAGAAGAAGAGAAAAUUGAAGAGGAGAUUUCGACGGAGAAGUCCAAAAUCGAAACCGUGCCGAACGGAGUGAAGGAGGAGAACGAUACCAACGAGGUGCAAGAUGAGAAUUACAGCGACAACAGUUCACCAAAAGUGGAUAAUAACAAUAAACGAAAAUCGGAUAAUCCGGACUAUCCGAUAAAGCGACUCAAAACGGAGAUACAAGAAAACUUCCUAUCCCGAGAUAAGAUAAUAAACGACUUCAUAGACAUGGCGGAUUGCACCAAUUUAGACCAAAUAAAUUCGUUUAGCGAACAGCUCCUGGUCGAGAUAAAAACACUAAACGAAUUCGCCAGGGAAAAGGAAAGAGAAUGGAACAACAUUAUCCACCUCAAGAAACUCAAAGAAGAGCUCCUUCUUCGAAUGCAAAGGAAAAAGCAAAUACUAAUAAUCAACGAAAAAUCAGACUACGGCGACUUCAUGAACGAAUCUCAAAACGGGACGACUGAUGAGCGAAUAAGGAACGCUUCGCCGCAGAGCAUUCUCAAAUCCAAUCAACAGAAAUCGUUCGCGAACGUCAACGGCGGCUUCCACAGGCAGAAAUUGUCCCAUAGGUCUCCGACCAUUGAUCAAAACGGGCAAGGUAAGAGGCUUACCUUGGACGUGCAGUCUAUUAUAGCGGAUUAUCGACAAAGACACCCGGAAUCUGUUCCACGUCGAGGACGACGGAUUAGAUGUUCCCAAAACGACGGCAUUAACAAGAUGAACAAUAGUAUUAUUAAUUUCUCUUCUAUGGCUCUAGGUAGCGGCGCCCAAGUCAGACAGGGAGAUGUCUCCAACGACCUCGGGCUUCUGCUGAAUUCCAUUAAUAUGGGUCGCCAAGAUACUGCUAGAUUGCAAAAUUACGAUCCUUCUGCUGGUCAGGACACUGUAUCUUUUAAAGAUAUGCUUCUGCAAUUCGCUAAGUUGUCGCAAAACGAACGGAACGAACUGAUCCAAAAUGCCAUUAAACCUCCUCCACCUUAUCCUGAGGUUACAGUACAUCCAGUCCCUACGUCGACGCCGCCCCCGGCUCAGACCAAUUCUUCCCUUUUGCACGGCAUUCUAACGAAGACUCCUUCAAAACAAAAUUCAAAAACGUCGUUUAGUCCCACGCUGGCCAGAUUGUUGACUGCUCCUGAAAGAAGCGCUAAUAAUGCAACAAUGGGAGCGUCUCCGAUUUCCAAUAGCCCACUUCAUUCCUCUAAUAUGUCUAUAUCUGAAAUAUUGUCAACGAGUAAGGCUUGUAAUGAGAUUACUAUUACUCCAGUGGACAAUCAAUAUGAAUCGACUCAAAUAAAAGCGAAAAAUAUGGAAGAAGAUGAAACCGAGGACAGCGCCGAUAGGCUGGUGAUAGACGAAAACAACGAUGUCGAUGCCAAAAAGCAAACUAAUUCCGAUAACAAUUCCGACGGCGGAGACGACAUACCUUUGUGCCAAGGUUGCAAUCAAAAGCCGGCGCAAUUCGUUUGCGCUGGUUGUGGAAACCAAUGGUAUUGCAGCCGCGAUUGCCAGGUGAAUGCUUGGGACGAACAUUCAGAAGUUUGCACCGGCUGAAAACCUCGACGAGUUAAUCUUCCACUAGUAAUUAAUAUUUAAGUUAUUAGGAUUACAAUAUUUUUAUAAACAUUUAACGAAGCGAUUGUAUUGCUUCUUUUGGAAACUAAAAGUCCUCGUGUGGCUAAUGUUCCACCAGACUUUGCUUUGAAAUAUUUUCAAUAUGUUUCGUUGAUUCUAAAUUUAAUUUGGAAGUAUUUUAAAAAUUCCUAUACUAUGUAAACGAAUAUUUUUUUAUCAAGAGAAAACAUUCGAAUUUUAUUGGCAUUUCUAAAGAUGUGUUCCUACAUUUACAACUGAUUAAUUUAUAAGAAUAUGUUUUUGUAAAUAAAUUUAAUGAGAAAAGAGUUGCUGCUAUAGAAGCAAAAUAUUACAAUACAAUCCCGUAUUGAUAAUUGGAUCAUUUUCUCAUUAAAUUUAUCAGAUCAAAGCUAACCAAAGAGUUCCAAAGUUUUUUUACAAUUACGUAGUUUAAGAAACUUAGCUCUAGAGAUUUCAUGGUAUUUUCGGUAUAUUUAUUGAAGGUUUAAUUAUCUCUAUCAGUAAGGCGUGAAGUAUUUCAUUAGUUGAAUCUUUAAUUCCUUUAAGUGGUAGUCUUUAAUAAUAGAGACUCUUUAGAAAAAUGUAAAAUAUCGAAUCCUUGCGGCAUCAACAUUUUCAUUUCACAUAUCUCCAGCUACGCAUUUUUCUAAACAUCUCUUUAAUUUAUUUGUAAGGUGUAAAUUGUUUUUCUUUUCGUAAACGCUAGUCAUUUAUUAAUCGAGAGUUACCUACUGUGUAAUAAAAUUUAAAAUGAUUUCGUGUGUUGUACAAGUGCCAUUUAAAAGUUUUGUAUCGACUAGAUUUUUUUGUAAGAUGCAGUCCUGUGAUAAAAUUAUAAGGUUAAAGCUACUUAAAGUAA